AGAGGAAAAAUUAAAAUAUAUUAUGAAUGACGAAUAUUUUGGUUUUGUUGAUUUAAAGCAAGAAGUACUUGAUCCUCCUCAUCAAAAAAUUGGAGAUUAUAAAGAAUGUUUUAAUUUUGGAAAAUUUCAAAAUGGAAAACCCAUUUCACAAGAACUACCAAAAUAUUUCGAAGAGAAAAGUAAAUUUAUCGAAUCAUUUGAAAAAGCUUGUCAUGAUUUAUGUAUGAAAGUAUUACAAUCAUUGGCAAUCUCAUUAAAGAUUGAAGAUAAUGAAGGAGAAGGAAAAAAUUGGUUUUCUAAAAGACAUGGGUAUGGAAUGAAAUCUGGUGAUAAUUUUAGAAUAUUACAUUAUCCUCCUAUUACGAUUGAAGAAGGUAAAGUGUCGGAAGACAUUAAUUAUAAUCAAGAUAUUCGAGCGGGAAGCCAUACAGAUUACGGAUCCAUAACAUUAUUAUUUCAAAAAGAAAUAGGAGGAUUAGAAAUUCAGCAUCCAUAUACAAAAAAAUGGAUACAAGUCCCUGUUGUUCCUAAUGCAAUUUUAAUUAAUAUCGGAGAUUUAAUGGAAUUUUGGACAAAAGGUUUAUUUAAGUCAACUAAACAUCGUGUUAUAUUUAAUAAAGAAAAUAUGAAUUUGCAUAGAUAUAGUAUUGCUUAUUUUUGCCAUGCUGGUAGAGAUGUUGGUUUAGAUCCUAUUCCUAGUGAAUUCAUCAUCGGAAGAGAAAGGGAAGGGGAAGGAUUAGAUGAGAGUAAAGAGAGUAAAGAGAGAAAACGAAUUACUGCUG